AAUUUAUUGUCAGCAAUACAAAGACCCCACGGCAUUCUAUAAGAAAGGUGCACUGCAUUAAUCAAUAAAUACAGACUGGUUUGGAGAGGAGACCUUAACUUUUGUUUUGAUUAGCAAACUUACUAAUUAUAAUCUUGCCACUUCAUUGACUAGCUAAGAAAGUCCAGUCCUGCAAAUUAAUGCUAGCCUUGUACAAUGUUUGAAAAUGCUGGCUGUGGAAGUAUGGUUAAAAAAAGUAAAGAAUUCAUUUUUUUACUGGAGCUGUCUUUCCAAGAACUUAAUGAAUCUAUAAACUAGCCAGGCAUACUUUAUUUGCAGUGACCUGUCUUACUACACUCUGAAGAAGUUUUAACAAGUGAUUGUAAUGGUACAGCAUUCAUGGAAACUGUGCAUUUACUAAAAGCUCUGUGGAGAAUUGAAAUAGUUCUUUAAUGUUUGACACACCUGCCAACAGCUAUAGGAGAAAACUCUGCCUAUGUUAGUUUCCUUGGCUCACACUGCUGUCACAUGGACUCCUGGCUCUUUCAUUCCAUUCUAUUACUCCAUGCAUUUAGAAACUUUGCAAACAACUUCAAAGGAGGAGCGUCAUUUGCAGGAACUAAUUUUGCCAUCUGUGCUGUGAUACCACAGUCUGCCUGGUUAUAUUGUUUCAGCUCUGUUGUGUACUAGAUGUCAUAGUGGAGGUCUGUCUCACCCCAUUUAUGAAAUAAUGCCACACCAGUAUAACAAAUACUGUUUUGCAAUUAUUGCUGUUAUAUGUGCUGGUAUUUUGCUUCUUCCGAAUAGCAUCCAAGGGGGUUUUGUAGAGGAACAUGAAUAUUAUCAUCGUGAGAUUUUAAACAGGGACAAUUACUAUGCAUACCCAGGACCUGAUGAACUAGAUACUCAGUCUGUUCAUUCUGCAGUGGAAGAAACUCACCCUAUAGAAAAUGAAUCCAGGAAAAAAGAGUUAACAGUUAAAAAUGAGAAUAAAAAGGACAAAGGAGCAGUUGAAGCAAAGACAGCUAAAAAUGGAAAUAAGAAAAGUGAGAAAAACAAGAAAGUGAAUGACAAUGUCUCUAACAAUGGACCGGAAAUUGUAACACUUAUUGAAGAAGUCAGAGAAAGCUGUCCUCCCCUUGGCCUUGAAUCUCUGAAUGUUAAAGACUUCCAGUUACAUGCUUCAACAACUAAACGCUAUGGAUUAGGAGCGCACAGAGGGCGUCUUAACAUUCAGGCUGGCAUAUAUGAAGAUGACUUUUAUGAUGGGGCUUGGUGUGCAGGAAGAAAUGAUCCCUUUCAAUGGUUUGAAGUUGAUGCCCGACGACUCACCAAGUUCACUGGCAUUAUUACACAAGGAAGAAACUCUCUCUGGUUGAGUGACUGGGUGAAAUCAUACUGUGUAUUUGUGAGCAAUGACAGUCACACAUGGAUAACGAUCAAGAAUGGAACAGAAGACAUGAUAUUUGAAGCAAAUGAAGAAAAGGAAAUUCCUGUUCUGAAUGAAUUCCUUGAACCAGUUGUUGCCCGUUAUAUUCGCAUUAAUCCUCGGUCUUGGUACGAAAAUGGAAGUAUUUGUAUGAGGGUGGAAAUUUUGGGUUGCCCUCUGCCAGAUGCUAAUAACUAUUACCAUCGAAGAAAUGAAAUCACAACUACAGAUAAUUUGGAUUUCAGACAUCAUAAUUACAAAGAAAUGAGACAGCUGAUGAAAGUUGUAAAUGAAAUGUGUCCAAAUAUUACACGGAUUUAUAACAUUGGGAAAAGUCAGCAAGGGUUAAAGCUAUAUGCAAUUGAGAUAUCUGAUAAUCCAGGAGAACAUGAAACUGGUGAACCUGAGUUUCGCUACUCUGCAGGAGCUCAUGGAAAUGAAGUACUUGGACGUGAAUUGCUCCUCUUUCUAAUGCAGUUUAUGUGCCAAGAAUAUCUGGAAGGAAAUCCAAGGAUUAAGCACCUCGUUGAAGAAACAAGAAUUCAUCUUCUGCCAUCUAUGAACCCAGAUGGAUAUGAAAAAGCAUAUGAAGUGGGUUCUGAAUUAGGAGGCUGGUCUUUGGGGCGCUGGACUGCUGAAGGCAUCGAUAUUAACCACAACUUUCCUGAUUUGAAUUCCUACCUUUGGUUAGCAGAAGAUCGAAAAUUUGCUUCAAGGAAACUUUCCAACCACCACAUUCCAAUUCCAGACUCAUACUUUGCUGACAAUUCUUCAGUUGCUGCAGAAACUCGUGCAAUAAUAGCAUGGAUGGAAAAGAUUCCAUUUGUAUUGGGAGGCAGUCUGCAGGGAGGAGAGUUAGUUGUGGCAUACCCUUUUGAUAUGUCUCGAUCCUUAUCGCACAAAAAGGAUUACACAGCCACUCCAGAUGAUCAUGUGUUUCGCUGGUUGUCAUUUUCCUAUGCUUCUACACAUAGACAAAUGACAGAUGCAAGUCGGAGGGUAUGUCACACAGAGGACUUUACAAAGGAAGAUGGAACAAUAAAUGGAGCAUCUUGGCGUAAUAUUGCAGGAAGUAUGAAUGACUUCAGUUACUUGCACACAAAUUGCUUUGAAUUAUCUAUACACGUGGGCUGUGAUAAGUUUCCUCAUGAGAGUGAGCUGCCAGACGAAUGGGAGAACAAUCGUGAAUCACUGCUUGUCUUUAUGGAGCAGGUUCACAGGGGUAUCAAAGGGAUAGUAACUGACCUAUUGGGAAGACCAGUACCAAAUGCCAUUAUUUCAGUUGAUGGAAUAAACCAUGAUGUGUGUACAGCUAAUGAUGGUGAUUACUGGCGUCUUCUGAAUCCUGGUGAAUACAAGGUCACAGCAAGAGCUGAGGGUUACACUCCAGUAACAAAGACCUGUGAGGUUGGCUAUGAAAUGGGACCUACCACUUGCAGUUUUAUGAUUAGAAAAACUAAUAUGGCCAUAAUCAAAGAAAUAAUGAAAAAAUACAGAAAACAGCCAAUUAGUGCAGGCAGUACACGGGUUAGACAGAGAGCAAGGCAGAAACGGCAAAAAACAUAUAUUCUGUAAUGGUAUAAUACACUGAGUCAGUGUUUUAAGACAUACACAUUUGUCUGUUUUGUUUAGGUACAGAACUGAUGAUUCAAACAAUGUUGGUGAUUUUGUAUAAACGUCUAUAUUAUAUGAGUUUGGACCUGACUUCUUAAAUUAAAGCUAGCAUGGUGAAAUUUUAAGAUUUAGUUGAAAGCUCUGAUCAUGUUUGUCUACGGUAUUAAAUGUGUACAUUAACAGCAGGAAUAGCCAUUUAGUUAAAUUUAGUGUCUAAGCAAUACUUUUAGAAUAUGCAUUAAUGCAGCUUUCAAGUAAUUGAUGAGUUCAUGUAUUAACAAAAUAUGAGCUACCUGCAUGAUUAUUUUUCCCUUGAUAACUGGAUAUAAAAUGAUCCCUUUAAUAUCUGAUAGUGUAGCAGUUUAUGUUUCUAACACUUAAUCCACUCAUUUAAGCUAAGACACUGAAACUCUAUGAAAUGGUUCUAUGAACAUGUGAUGAUGGCCUCAUACUUAUCUUGUGUUGCCCUACACUUUCUGCUCACAUUGUCAGUAGACUUCACUACUAACUGUUUCAUUGCUGAAUGUUUACUUAUUGAGUUUGCUACAUUCAGUAACUGAUCUGCCUUAUGCAAUGAAAUUAUUCCUAGGUAAAUUAAACCUGAUAUUAAAAGCAGUGCUUAUUCAUGUCAUAGAGCUGACAAUGACAGAUGGCAAGCAUUUUAUGUAAAGGGUAACAGAGUGUUACCAGCAUAAAGACAACACAUCCAUAAAUUGAUCUCUCACUAAGACUUUUCAAGAUGUACUAGUUAACAGUACUGUACAUUAUAUGAAAAAGCAAGUAUUCAUAGAAUUAGUACGUCCUCAUAAACCCAAAUAGAUCAUAUGUGCAUCACCCUCUACACAAUAUAUGCAUAUGUGCAUAUAUAUGCAUGUGUGUGUGCUUGUGUUCAUGCAUGCAUCUGUGUGUAUGUGUACUGGUGAGGUCCACAGGGAAUUAUCACAUUUGAUUUACUUGACUUGCAAAUAUUCAGACCCCUAAAAUGCAAGUCGUAAAGUGAAUAAUAGUCCCUCCUUAACCAUAAAAUAUGGGGUCAGUCCCCAUACCCCAGAGAUGUAAAUACAUAUGAAUGUACAAACAUAGAGAAGAAGGAGAAAGUCAGGAAGUCAGCAAUUGCCUUCUUUUUCUUCUCUGUCAUAAUAGACCACUGGUGAUUUUCCAGGUUCACUAUUCUGUGUACUGACAAUAUAGUUGUGAAGUGAUUAAUGGUAAGGCUUUUAUUUGUGAGUGAGUGGGUGUGUGUGUAAGCACACCUGAAUAUGCAUGUCCUUGUCUGUGUCCAUUUGUCAUCUAGUCCAGCCUUUUUGUACUGGUAAACACACAACUGUUUUCUGUAUUUCAAGCUGCCAAGCCACAUUGCAUGUUAUCUUAAAGAUAUGUGUGCAGCAUUCUUUAAAAUAAACAGAUAAACUAUUUUCUGUUUCAUCCCCCUUCUCCUACUGAAAAUAACUUAGCCUGUAUAUUUUAUGGUAAGUAUGGGAGAGAAGUUUGCACUAUCAUGUGUAGGGCCAAGUGUUACAUUUACAUGAACAGAAUACUGGGAGGUUAGAGUUUCACACUAAUGAUGGAGUAAACAUUUCAUCUGAUGUUUAGACUUGCUGUCUCUUUUGAAGUUAGGAAAUAAAGAUUUACAGGUCAGAAUGCCUGUCUUUUCCCGUUAUGUCUAAAUAUAUUUUAUGCCCCUAUCUGUUUUGUUAUAUUCCACAGUCAAUUUACCAUAUGCCUUUCAUUAAGGGCUGUCUGCUUUGCAUACGUACAGCUAUACAGACUUAAAACAGUAGUGCAGUUUUUUAUUUGUUUCAAGUCAUGGGUUUGUGCAAGUAAUUCAAGUCUUGUGACAAAUUCACCUGUUAUACUUUUGAAGGUUGUGAUGACAUUUAUUCUACUUCUCUUGUCCAUUUGUAUACAGAGUGACUACUUAGUCUCUUUUAUGUAUUCUGUAUCUGUAUAGUGCAGAGACAGAAAGUUUCAGGUCAUAGUUGCCCAAAGGCAACACAAUCAGAGCUAUAGGUACCUGAAAUGGUACCAUGGGUGGUCCUCCAGAAUGGCACAGCCUAACCCCAAAGUUGAAGACCAAAAAAAGGAUCAAUGAAUUAAAAAAUAAAUAUCCACCAAGACGUAGGGAAAAAACAGUUUUAGAUGAUCUAGCUCCUUGCUAAAGUGUUACUGAUCCUGCCGACCCCUAAUACACACAUCUGUUUAGAUGCCUGAAUGCUGGUAAUUAAUGAUGGCACUGCUCUUCCAUCCCAUCAACUUACUUAUCUUACUCUCCAACAACUUCUACCUGUAACAGCCACUCUCUAUAAACCACCCUAGCAACAGGUUGCAUCACAGUGAAGGUAAGCUAUGUCUGGAAGUUAACCAGAAGAUUAAGACUAUUAGCUGCUUCUUUAAGUCCAGAGUUUGAUCCCUCAAGCCUCCAAUUGUUGUUUUGAUCAUGCCAUGGAGCUGUACAGUAUUUUUUGUGAUUGGGGCAUUGGGCUAAGCUACUCAGUGGUCUUAUAGACUGCAUGAAUUACUUCUGCUUCUUGCUAAUGUAAGACAUGCUGGCAUGCCAAUUUCACAUCCUAAUGUAUUCCCUACCUUUGGAACAAAUUUCCACUACAUGUUAAACAUAGUAGAACACCUGUCACCUUCAAGGUAAACCAUAUAUAACUGGAUAGACCACCUGAAAUUCUCCUCCAGUUUAAGUUGUCUUGCACACCUUGAGGCUGGAAGGAACUUUUGAAUAUAGGUUAUUGCUUAAGCUUGUAAAGGUCUGCAGACUGAUUUCCUAGCACUUACCUAUCAAACUGUGUCCGUGGUGAUAAAGAUUUCCUGAAAUUUAAAUUUAGAUUAAGUCCUCCACUGCAUAAUUUAUUAUAUCAUAUAUUAUUACUAAUGUUACUUUGCAUUCAUUUAAAAAUUAUACAAAUGUGCAAAGACUAUCCUUAAUGAAAAAGAAUGCUAAGGACUGGCUGUUUAUCAUCAUGAGGCUGAAACAACCUAUUCUGAACAAGGAUACCUGUGUAUUCUAGUUGAAUACCAUUUUAAAAACAAUUAAAUUCAGUACUGGUAACUGCCACAUACAUAAAAUUUUUCAUAUAAGUUCAAACCAGAGUGCAAUAUCAAGAUUUAAGUAGACACAAGAUUAUAAAGUUUUAUUCCUAACCUACUUAAAUGCAAGGUGCAAUGCAUAUUUGAGGGUACAUUCCAGAGUCAUUUAUUUAAAUGGGCUAUUUAACUGAGUGCAGUUCAUAAGACUAUUCAUGAUUUUUCUUUUAAUUUUAGCUGUUCUGUUGUAUAUAAGGAGUAUGUGCCAUUAAUAUGACUCGACAAAAUGUUUUCAUCUGGAUGCUUGUGAUAUCAGAGUAACAACAAAUUAAUGUUAAAAUAGUAGUUCUAUUUUAUAUGAGGCUUGCCUGUUGUUAAUGCUAUUCAAAAGAAUGUUUUCAUUUAAUUAGAAAGUUCUGUUUUUUUAAAUGAGUUCACUGCUUUUUGAUUGUAUGACUGAAAUAAAGUACUAAGAUAUCUGAUUUCUAUUGAAUUUUAAGUUUCUUGAAAUCCUUAAGAUAAUCUAUGUUGCAAUGUAAAUAGUAACAUUAAAAUAUGUUCUACUGAAUUCUAAUAUUGUAUUGCCAAACAAUAUUCCCUGAAUCUAUUAUUAUAAUUAUGGAACGUGAAAGCAUACUUACACUGAAAAGCAUAAAUAAAUGUGUUACCUUUUUUCAGAAUGAACAUUUAUAUAAUAAACAUGUUUAUGUGUUCCAGCUACAGUUUAUUAUUCUGCUUUAAUAAA